AUGUUGGGUUUCUUCAUUUACACACUCAUCGCCACAUCCUGGACCGUUGAGGGACACGACUUGAAGGGUUUCGAUGAUUCGGUCCUGUUCAACCUUGUGUGGCAUAAUAGCCAGGACCUAGUCGUUGUAACUCCAGGUUCGGAACAAUUUUACGUAACGUCCGCAAACAAAGAGAAGUAUUUGUGCGUAAUCCCGCCGAUCACGUCGAAAGAAACUGGCGGCGAUGUGGAGUACAAUGGGCCCAGCCCGUUGGAGCUGCUCGAGCCACUGUUCGUUUCGACGACAUGUUCGUAUCGCAUCGAAAGCUACUGGUCGUACGAAGUGUGUCAUGGGAGCUACAUCAAGCAGUACCACGAAGAGCGUCACGAGAAGACGAGCAAGCUGCAGGAAUAUUUCCUCGGUCGAUGGGACCAGCAAAAGACGGAUGCGUUGAAGGCCAAGUAUGCGCAAGCAGAGGCCGAUAAAGAGCAGAUGAAGUAUAAGAAGAUCGAGGGCUUUAAUCUACCGUAUCUUGAGCUGGAGAUGGAUUCCGGUACGAUUUGCGACCUAAACGGUGAGCCACGUGUUACGAAGGUUCUGUACGUAUGUUACCGGUUCGGCAAGAAUGAGGUUUACUCGCUAAAGGAAACGUCCACCUGUAACUACGAGGUGAUCAUACUGACGGCAGCCCUUUGCACACACCCAAAGUACAAACCGCAGGACACGGAGGAGAACAAAAUCAGCUGCAGCCCGUUCGGUGAAUCACCGCGUAAACCGAAAGCCAUACUGCAGCAGGAAGUGGACAAGUUGCGCCAAAAGUAUCAGCAACUUUCGGUCACUAUAAGCGAUGUAUUAGGAUAUGAAAUGCCUGAAAUGAGCGAGGAUGGUUCGAUGCGUGGUGAUCCAAUGCGUAAAGAUACGACGUUCAAUUUCGACUGGAAAGCAAUGGAUGACGAGACGGGAGACAGUGAAGGUGAAACACCAGUUUCAUCGAUGACCAGACGACCGAAGAAGUCCAAGGAACUGACCUCGCUAUUGGAAUUCCUCGAUGGAGCAUACUGUUUACCGGGAGGAUCCGGUUGGUGGAAGUUUGAGCUGUGCUUCGGUAAACACAUACGCCAGUACCACAAAGACACCUCCAUCUAUCUGGGUUACUUCAAUGUCGAAAAGCACCGGGAAUGGUUGGAAAAGAAUCCUACCGCACGGUACAAGCGCAAGCUCGAGAACCAAAUCAGUCACUUCUACGCCGGCGGUGACUUUUGUGACAAAACGAACCAACCCCGGCAUGUGGAGGUUAAGCUGAAGUGUACGGAGCAGGCCGGUGGUACGGAUGCGAUCGCACUGUACCUGCUCGAGCCGCGUCCCUGCGAGUACGUGCUGAAUGUGGAGUCAUCCAAGAUUUGUGAUAUUUUACCGCUCGCUUCAGAUGAUAUGCUGCUGCCGGCAAAUCUGCGGCAACUCGAGGAGGAAACACAGCUCGUACUGGACAGUGCAACUAAUGUAAAUAAUUGA